CUUGAUAUGGAUAUUACUAACAAAGAGGAAACUGAUCAAAAGACAUCUUGUUUGACAGUCUACGACGGGUUGAAACCCAAAGAUUCAUUGAUAAGUAUUGCUAAUCGUCUUGCUAAGAAAUACAUUGUAGAAAAAAUGCCUGUAUGUAAUGUACCAAAUAUGUGUAUAACAGACAAACAUAUAGAUUCUCAGGGCAUGUCAAAAAGAAAUGCACUGAAUAGGGGAAUGAGUUGUGUUUUUGCUAGCGUACCAAGAAAUUUUAUAAAAGUUAUACAGAUGUAUGUAUACUAUAAAAUCAUUACAUUAAUUUAA